CUUAUCUCUAAUAAGUGAAGUGACCCAAAGCAAAGUUUCCCAAAGUUAGUUAUUCUGGUUCUCCGACAAAAAAAUAUAAUAAUCAUGGCACCAAUGAGAAAAAUUAUAACUUUACACGAGAGAGACCGUCAGCUUGCUACCGUACUACGUACAAGAGAUAUAGAAAAACUGAAGUCGAUUGUGGAAGAUUAUCAAUCGUGCGGAGAAUUCACUCCAGAAUUUUACACUUGCCUCUAUAAAUUGUGCGAUAGGCAGGAAUCCGAUGAUGAAAUGAUACAAGUCAUGCUGGGGUGCAGCAGAUUGGAUGUAAAUGAGAAGCAAAGUAAUGGAGAGACAAUCCUACAUGCCCUGAGUCGUAAUAACCACUAUCAAUGGGUAGAACAUUUGAUCAAGGUUUUUCCAAACAUCGAUGUAAAUGCAGUUUGCAAAGACAUGAAGACGCCGUUUCUACUUGCAGCAGAGUACGGACAUAUCAAAGUCUUGGAGGUUUUAGACCCCAUCGUUGAAGAUAUAAGCUGUUGCGAUAUAAAGCAAUUUAGUGUGUUGCAUUGGAUGGCUAGGCACGGAAGCUUGAAAUGGGUAAAGUACUUGAUAGAAGAAAAGGCAUUUGAAGUAGAUCAGAGAAACGCCUAUGGUGAUACUCCACUGAACAGGGCCAUUGCGUUCGGACAGUAUGAAUGUUGCCAAUAUUUGUUGGAAAUGGGCGCUAAUGUGCUUGAAAUUGAUAUGGAAGGAAGAUCACUCUUGCACACUGCCGUUUUUGGUGGACAUUUAGGAUGUUGUAAUGCUGUGUUGAAAUAUUUAAAAGAAUAUUCUUACGUUUACGUUAACUUAAAAGAUAAUAAGGGAAAAACCGCCUUAAAUUGGGCAGCUGGCAAGGGAUAUAAAGAACUGGUAAUAUGUUUAUUGGAAGCAAAAGCAGAUGUAAACUAUAAGGAACCUGAUGGAAGAACAGCACUUGUGGGUGCUUCAAUGGGAGGCUAUGAAGAUAUUAUCAAGCUCCUUAUCGACGCCAAUGCUAAUAUUGACGUUUACGAUGGUGACAAGAAAUACCAACCAUUAACACGGGCAGCAUCCAAUGAACAUAUGGGAACAGUACAAAUUUUAUUAGAUGCUGGUGCGAAUGUGAAUAUUACAGACGAUUUGGGCAUGACAGCUUUGGAUUGGGCAUCAUCAAAAGAUCAUGAAGAGAUGGUGUACUACUUGUUGCAACGUGAAAACAUAGAUGUGAAUAGUAGGGGCAACUUGGGUAACACUCCAUUGAUGAGGGCAGCAAAACGAGGCAAUGUUAAAAUUCUAAGGGCUUUAAUUGAAGCAAAUGCAUGCGUCGACCUACAAAAUUCAACUGGGGAUACUGCAUUGAUUUUAGCGGUUAUUAGAAGAGAUUUAUCUUGCGUUGUAGAACUGGUUAAAAAUAACGCUAAGCUGGAUUUGAAAAAUUACAAGGGGGAAACGGCCUUAAUGAUUUCCAAAAAAUUUUCAUGGAAUAGGAAUAUAACUGAAGUUUUGCAAGAUGCCGGAGCAAUUUAAUGUAAAAGUGCAAAAUUACCAGGCAGCUGGCAGCUGUUUUCACUUUGUAGUAUUUUUUUAGUAGAUCUCACUGAGUAGUUUUUCUUUCUUCUACUAUGUAUAUUAUUUUGGAAGCAUAAGGCACUUUAUGAGGGGGUCAUGGCAGUUUUGUGAUUAAAAUGUGGCGCCUAGUUAAAAGUCUUAUGAGGGUAUUUUGUCACGUGAAAAUGGUUCUUGUCACUCUGGGGUCGACUCUCACCCCCCAGCCACCCCUAAAGUCAUAAUUCUUAAAAUAGACUAUUAUAAUUAUUUUUGUCCUACGAGCGUGCGGAAAGUACCACUUUUCCGCAGAGCGUGCGUGAAAAAAAAUUAAUACACGGCGUGCGUGGAAAAAGUUUUUCACGUACUGAAUUUUGUUUUUUCUCAAUUUUUUUACCUAUGACAUGCUUCUCAAAAAGUUCAGUUUUUCUCGAAAUUUCUCCACCGUUUUUUCUCUUCAAGAGAGCUAUUAGCUUUCUGUAUUGACGAAUGACGAAUAUCGACAUAUUUAAUGAGUUUUAUAGCUUAAAUAAUUCAUUCUACUUAUAAUAAAAAUAAUUGUUAAUAUGUAUUCUCUUAUUAAACUUAUUGCGUUAUUAAACCUAAUUAAAAAAUCACAUUUUUGACCAUUUCCUUUUUCAGUAGAGCCAAAAAACAAAUAAAAAAACAAUAUGUCAAUUUUUGCACGCUCUUAGGAAGAAUGUUGUAGCUAACACGAGCGUAAAAUAUCUUUUCCGCACUUACGGCUGACAUAAACUCCGCUCGCGAGUUUUUCGUGCAAAUGCCGUUGCGUGCAGAAAAGUAUUACUUUCUGCACUUGUUAGCAACUAUUUCGCAUAGAAAACCAAAAAGCAGAUUUCAAAAUACUUGUCUGAAAAGUUAAUAAAAUCGAAGGCACUUCACAAAAAACGCUUAGCAGUGGCAUGGGAAGACACUUAUUUUUCUAGCCUAGGUGGUUGCGAAAAAAAUAUCUGUAGCAGUCAAGAGGAAGCAGAUAAGUAGUGAAUCAACUGUUCAUGGAAUAGAGACCUCAGGAAAAUAUUCCUCUAAAAGUAUGUACUCAUGUAUCAAUAACUAUUUAUUCGCCAGACACUGACGUUUUUAUCUUGGUACUAAAAUAUUACAAAGAUUUAAUUCCAGAUGGUUAUUUCCAAACUGGAGCUGGUACAAAAAAACGAACAAUCUAUAUUGCUGAGAUAUCAGAAAAGUUGACGAAACUUCAGAAAGAUUUUUCACUUACAGGCCGCCAUACAACCGAGGGAUUCGCAAAAAAGGGUAAGAUUAACGCCAUUUUUAAUCGGAAAACUUUUAAUGAGGUGCCUGAGGACGUUUUGCAAAGUUUUGGUAUCAUUAGGCGACGUGAGCAUCAAUUUGGAGUCCAUUGUUAGAAUUUUGGAAAAAUUUAUAUGUACUGUUUAUGCUCCAAACAUACAACUAAAAACCUUGGCUGAGUUAAGAUGGCAUUCUUUCUCAAAACAGCAAUUGCAAAACGAGCAGUUGCCGCCUCUUCAAAACACAGUUUAUAUCCUGCUCUGCAACGGGCAACAUUACAGUUGCAUAUUUGGGUAAAUGCUCACUUAGCUAAUCCCAUAUGCGUUUUAAAAUCUGAUUCCUAUGGGUGGCAAUUGGGCCACGAGACUUUCAAGCCAAUUUUGUCAACUAAUGAAUGUAUUGCACCUGACACCAUAUUAGUUAUGUGGUCUGUCAUAUUCUAAACAAUCAAUGCACAAACAAAAACCAAUUGUUUAACGACAAUGAUUCGGAAGAUGUAGACAAUAUUCUAGCUGUGAUGAUAAUGACGACGACGAUGUAGAAAUAUAAUCAUUUAUUGAUCACAUUAUGUUAUUUUUUGAAUUUAACUAACGCCAAUAGGUACCUAUUUUUUUGCAUCUUCCUGCCUUUUUAUAUCCCGAGCAGUUCACCCACACAUUAUUUUUUUCUAGAGUAUUUUAUUUAGACUAGUCUUUUCUGAAAAAGAAAAGCUUUAUUUUGGUGUUUAUUUUUACCCCUCAAGUUUACCGAGAUUUUUCAUAUUUAUUAUUCGAAAUAUUCUGAUUUCGGAGUGGCGAACCCGUUUUGUAUUGAGAGCAUUCUUGAGAGCACUACAUAGGUUGCUUGCUUUAAUCACAAACCUGCCGCGGAAAUGCCCUAUGCGCCCCUACUAUAUUUAUAGGUAUAACAUAUUUCUAUUAUAUUGAUUUAUAAAUAAUUAGUUAUACAUAAUUUUAUAUCUAUAUGCUUAUAAUUAGUAUCUGCUCUUUUCUUUAUAGUUAUUAACAUUAUAAGGCGGAUAAAUAGCAAAUAAGAGCCGGGCUGAAUAUCAUCAACCAAGGCUGUUAUUUGCAGUUAUCGGCCGUAUUCCGUUCUAGAUUUUUCGUUAUACUGAAGAUUUUUUAAACAAACCACCCAAUUUGAAAAAUAAAUUUUAUUGAACA